AUGAAGAGCAAUCUCAUACCCGGAAAGCUGAUGAAGGCAGUUGUAGCCAUUCACAGUGAGGAUUGCAGCAGUUGUCUCAACUCUCACGUUCCCUCAGCAAGUGAGGUGAAGAUGGUGAAGAAAAUCCAGUCUGAUGUUGUGAGAAAACAUGUGAAUGAAGAUGUGGAAGUUUUGGAUCGUGCGGUGAUGGAAGCAGAUGAAAUGAUGAGACUUUUCGCCCCUCCUCGACGUGUCGAGCAGCAGCAGCAGGAGCAGGAGCAGCUUGGCGACGGUCUUCUCGAGGAGAUCGACUUUCAGACUUGUCUUGCAAUCUCUGCCAUGGACAUGGCAGAAAAGGAGGCGAGAGGAAAAGCGACGGAGAGUGAGAGGAGGGAGGAGGAGGAGGAGAGAGUGGAAGCAGGGGGGGAUGGAGGUCGUGACAGGCAAGAUGACGGAGGUGAAAGAAAGGAGGGAGCUGAAGCUAAGAAGCAGGAGAUCAACGAGGAGGAGGAGGAUGAAGUUCAGGAGGGGGGCGAGAAGAAGCUGGAGGAGAAGGAGGAGGAGGAGGAGGAGGAGAAGGAGGAGGAGGAGAAGGAGGAGGAGGAUGAGGGGAGGAGAGCAGGCUAUGGAGAGGAGCAGCAGCUGGCGGUUCUUUCUUCUCUCCUCCAACAAGAUGAUCACUUCCUUGCUCUUGCCGCUCGUCAAGCUCUCGAAGAAAAGAUCGGAUAG